AUGGUCAGGGGGGAAAGAGCACAACUGCUAACCCGAAAGAAACCCACUAAGAAACCCACUAAGAAACCCACUAAGAAACCCACUAAGAAAUCCACUAAGAAACCCACUAAGAAACCCACUAAGAAACCCACUAAGAAACCCACUAAGAAACCCACUAAGAAACCCACUAAGAAACCCACUAAGAAACCCACUAAGAAACCCACUAAGAAACCCACUAAGAAACCCACUAAGAAAUCCACUAAGAAACCCACUAAGAAACCCACUAAGAAACCCACUAAGAAACCCACUAAGAAACCCACUAAGAAACCCACUAAGAAACCCACUAAGAAAUCCACUAAGAAACCCACUAAGAAACCCACUAAGAAACCCACUAAGAAACCCACUAAGAAACCCACUAAGAAACCCACUAAGAAACCCACUAAGAAACCCACUAAGAAACCCACUAAGAAACCCACUAAGAAACCCACUAAGAAACCCACUAAGAAACCCACUAAGAAACCCACUAAGAAACCCACUAAGAAACCCACUAAGAAACCCACUAAGAAACCCACUAAGAAACCCACUAAGAAACCCACUAAGAAACCCACUAAGAAACCCACUAAGAAACCCACUAAGAAACCCACUAAGAAACCCACUAAGAAACCCACUAAGAAACCCACUAAGAAACCCACUAAGAAACCCACUAAGAAACCCACUAAGAAACCCACUAAGAAACCCACUAGGAAACCCACUAAGAAACCCACUAAGAAACCCACUAAGAAACCCACUAAGAAACCCACUAAGAAACCCACUAAGAAACCCACUAAGAAACCCACUAAGAAACCCACUAAGAAACCCACUUAG